GAAAAAAGUGGCUAAUGAUGACCGCGUGAAACAGCAUGCGUACAGUUUUAUAUGGUUGAAGUCACCACUGCUUACCUUUUCUAAGUGCAAGGGGAAGUGUUGCACAUUAUAUAUAAAUAGGCUAGGUUGGCUGUGUGAAUGACCGAGCUUGUGGGUGGAGAUUACGCAACAUAUGAAAAAUCAUUAGAAGUCACGGAUAGGCUAAUCACUAAACAAAAAUAUCAGUCAAAUAAUUUAUGAGACCAACCCCCACGAGUCAUGGGUCUCAAAAAGUCACGAUCGGAAUUAUUCUAUUGAAAAUAGCCUACAUAGCAAAUCUAUGAUAUACCUUUCUCAGGCAGAUGUUGUCCCGUUUACCCCCUCCUAUCCUCUUCCCUCUGCCUUAAACCAAACCCUCCUCGUUUUUUUUCUUCGUAGGCUACUGUCUUCAAAGGACACUUCAUGUCGUGUUACAGGCUCUGGAUUGUCAUGGCAAAUUGACAGGAUUUUGGAGUCGGUUAUGGGGAUUCACGCUUAUUGUUAAAUCUGUAAGGCUGCAUUUUACUCAGUUUGUGGGAUUCGGAAGUCAACGAGGAGAACAAUCUGUUCCACGUCGGCAGAACUUGUUUAAACAGUUUUGAAACAGCAACUUUUGAGCAAAGUCGUAGCCUAAUUACAGUGCGCCGCUGUGAUUCCAGAAUUUAUUGAAAAUGUUGUCAUGCUACGCAUGUUCCUCGGUCUAUUUAUGAGUGAUCUUGAUACAACAAAUUACAUGCAGGCUUCCAGUGUGUAUUUUAUUUGUUUUUUAAUCGAUUUUGUGUUGGGUUUAAAAUUUGGGAAGCGAUAAACGGAGUUUGGUCAGGGAGAAAGGAAGGAUGAAUGCUGACACAUUUUCGUGUGAGCACGUUUCUAAAACAUUUAUUUCAUAAAACUGUCACAGACCUUGGAAUAAAUGCAGUGUCACCCGAGAGGACGUGUGGUCCGAAACUCACCUAAACGUUGAUACGUCCUGGGAGUGAUGCACUGGCUUCCUCUGGUUGCCAUGGUGAUUGCCUCGGCCUUGCCUUUCCCUCCAAGCCCUCUGACCAGGCUUGUUGCUGCUACGACCAACUCUAGCCAAAGCUUUGACAACCACCUCCUGGAUAGCAGCAACAGCAGUUUCUUGGAGGCUGGGUCGAGCACUCCUGUACAGGUGCCUGUGGACAACAUUUCCCAUGGUAAUGUUUUCCAAAAGGACUACAAUAUGGCUGCCAGGAAGGAGGGUGAAGCCUCCCAGCGCAGAGCAGUUGACCAUGUUCAGAGCACCUUGGAGGACUUCAGCUCAUUGUCCUACAAGAAGCAGAGGGAGCAAAUGGCCAAGAGGAAGCUCAAUCAAAAACCUUUAAAAGCUAAACAUAUGCUGAAGAGCAGCACUGACCUUGGUGAGUCAGAGCAGCAGGCCAGUAGUAAUGGCCAAAGCAUCAGGCAACAGGACACUGGGGACUAUGUAAUGCAUGGUUUAAAAAGCCAAGGGGACCACAGUAACCACGAUGACCAUACAUCACUGGACUCCAAACCAAAGCUUAGUCAGUUUGGCUCACAGGACAAAACUGACAGUUUGGAUGCACAGCACUCAGGUGAGACAGGACUACUAGAAGCAGAGACAGCUCGUCACAGCAUGCAGGACAGCGUGGCACUGAGUACAGCUCACACUUCUGAGUCCAGAAUAGGUCGACCACAGCCGGUGUUGGACACAGGGGGCAGCACACUAGAGCAGAGGGGAGCGCCAGAGGAAAGCCAAGCACAGGAGGUCACCGCGAGAGACACUGAGGAGACGCAGAGAGGAGUGUUCACGGGAUCGGCUCCGAGCCUCGCCGACGGGGGCCUGCUGGACGACGAGGACCUUCGGUUCCUGGACUCGCACCCGCGCGUGCUCUUCUCCUCGUCCCCGGUGCCCCCCAAGCACCCACCGCUGCUGCUCAUACUGGAGAGAGACCUGCUGGCGGGGCACGAGCCGGGAGCUGAGGACAGGGACUGGGAGGACGAGGAGGGGGUCGAUGUCGGCGGCACGGCGGCGGGUUCUCCCCAGGACGGGAAGGACGUCUUGGGGAGCGCGGCCAAGCCGCCGCGGCGGAGGAGUCGGCGCAGCGCCCAGGUGCAGCACCACAGCUACGAGCCACUGUCGAUGUGCGCCGAGGAAAGCACCUGGGUGACGGACAAGCGAACGGCCAUAGACCUCAAACACGAGACGGUCAAAAUCGUGCCCGAGAUCCCCACGCUGAGUGGCCCCAUCAAACAGUACUUCUACGAGACGAGCUGCCGCGUGGACCACGCGGCCCAGGGCUACGCCCAUGCCGCCUCCAACACCACGGGCCCCAGCAUGGAGGCCGGCCGCAGCUGCAUCGGGGUGGACAAGCGCCAGUGGAACAGCAGCUGCCAGACCAAGCAGUCGUAUGUGCGCGCGCUCACUGGCGACGACAAGAGACGCCGCUGGACCUGGAUCCGCAUCAACUCGUCGUGCGUGUGCGUGCUGUCGCGGGUCACCAAGAGCCGGCCAGUGAGGGUACAAGGGAAAAGAUGAAGGGGGUCGGGCGGGGGGAGGGGGGGGGUCUGGGACACUGAGGGGAAAAUGGAGAGAAGUGGUAGAAAAAGAUAGAUAUCAGAGAUAUCUUGAGACUGAGACUCCUGCGCUGAGAAAGUUGUGGGAAUGAUUGAAGGAAAGGAAAGAUGCAGAGAGAGAGAGAGAGAGAGAGAGAGAGAGAGAAAGAUAGAGUAAUGCUCUAGGGGACAACUGGGUUCCUGCUUGUGAGGGCAUCUCCAUGUCUGUAUGUCUGCACUCGCGUUCAGAGCAAAACUCAUAUCCAGAUGCCAUUCCUGUGUCAACUAUCAGAUUCCUCAGAUCCUCCCCUGUCUCUACUGCCCUCUCUCUUACUCACUCACUGAUGUGUCUUGCCUGCUCUUCUCAUCCUCACCAACCCUUUCACUUGCUACAUCUAUCAUUCCAUCAACCUACUGCUAUCUCAGCACAACUACGAGAAAACAACAUAACCUCAUUACUGGGACUUUAAGAGAAAAUACUUUCAUUAUAUAUUUUAUGUAUUAGAGGCUCAAAAUGUAAGACAUUUUGUAUUUUUUACUAUUUGUACUCUUUAAGUUAUUUGUUUUUGUUAGUAUAUCAGCAUGAGAACUUUUUUAUAUUAAUAUAUUGAUUUAUAUAUAUAUAUAUAUGUAUAUGUGAGAUCUAUUCCUUGAAAUGUGUGAUUGUAUGCAAGCUGGUUCUCGGAGAGGCUGAAUGCCUUCCCCACCCCACGUCGACACUCUCAGACCAGGGGUCUGAAAAUGAAUUUGCCAGCAGUUGUCUUUUCCAGUGAAUGGAAAAUUCCAUGCCAAUAAACAUCCAGAUUGGUGACCCGUGGACGAAAGCACACUUUUUGUCUCUCUUCAAAACCCGCUUGACUGCUCUUGUCGAGGUCCUCUCUCUCUCGUUUCACACUGUUGUACUAGUAGCAAUUACAGCAAACAUGCUGAUUGACACACUGUUGGAGACUAAUGGCUUACUUGGCACAGCGUCUCAGUGACGUCACAUUAGACGGACAUUCUUCACAUGCUGUAUUUGUGAGCUCCAGAACCACAAACGAAAAUAUGUCAGUCCGACAGUGUGACUUCAGAAAGUGAGAUUUGGAACGAUGACUCUGAAAGAACACAGCUGUGUACAGUCGAGAUGACCUCAAAAGCUUUCUCCAUUGACUCAAACAUGGAACACUGCAGAGAUAGAGCAGUGUCACGAAUGGAAGUGGAAUCCAAAACUAUAUGUGAGACUGCGACCACUAGUUUACUGGCGUAUUGUGUGCCAUUCUGCUGAGAGACUGCCAAUCCACACUUCUGGUUGCAUCAUGUGCCUGAACUUGUUAUACAACAUGUAGCUGUAAACAACUAGUACAAAAUAAUAUAAAGUAAAUUAUGAAGUGAAAUAAACAGUGUACUGCAGUAUCAUUGGAAGUAGCAUGACUUGCCACAUGCAUACUACGCACCACAAACUCUCACACAUGUGCACAUAUUAAAGGCUCACACCUGCAAAGGAA